AAAGCAAUAGCACACUUCGUACUGUAUGCUAGAUUAAAGUGUUCUAGAGUUUAUAACAUUAAUCAUAGUCCAUCGCGCUGCACUGCAGUCUAUAAUAUGACACAAUUCUCUGCAGCAUCGGCAUGUUAGUAACGCUCCGUACCUGUCUGCUUCACAGCAUCAAUAACAGACACGGAGCCGCGGUGCACACUGGGAAGCGUAGUUUCAAAUGGUCCAGCACAGAGCUCCCAAAGGACCACGAAAGCAUACCUAGACAUCAAGACCCAGUAGCCCUUGCGGUUAAGGCGGUGUCACUCAUGUUGCUUAGCAUUGUGGGAGUUGUAGUCUUUAGCAUGCGCGUUCACAUAAGUACGCAUGGGGAGAUGCCGUACGAGGACUACAGGUCCCAGAGACUAAAGGUCUUGAAGACCCCCCGGACUGUUUGAACUGGGUUUUUCUGUGAAAUCUAGCAGCAACCGAGAGAGGUUGCACUGUUGCAGACAGCCCGGGUGUCUGGGAGAGCCCGACGCGGUCGGCACAUCCUCACCCCGAGAGAGUCCCUAGAGACUGAUAACGAUGGAGGCGAAGGGAGAGGAGGUUAUUCGGAUCGCCAAGAAGCUGGAUAAGAUGGUGGCCAAAAAGAGCACGGCGAGUUCUGACCCCCUAAAUCAUUCUAGAUCCAAAGGGAGACUGUCACCCAGGCUGACUGGGUCUCCAUACAUGACAAAGAUCAACGAAACCAUUACACCACCCCCUGCUGAUGGGGCUCUAGAUCUGUUGAAGGAGUUGAAGAACAUGUCUGUGACUCUUGACCUGCUGCAGUCCACUCGGGUAGGAAUGUCCGUGAAUGCAGUGAGAAAGGAAAGCAAUGACGAGGAGGUCAUCGCUCUGUCGAAAUCUCUAAUCAAGUCCUGGAAGAAGCUGCUGGACAGCUCAGAACAGCGAGGAAAAGAGAAGUGUCAAAACUCAGUCUCGCCCACCUCCUCCAAGGAGCUCAGUUCAGCCAAGAAGAAUGAUACACCCAAAACUCCUGUGACCCCAAAGAUGACUCGUUUUCCACCUCUACCUGUCACAUCGGAUUCUGUGCGUACUAAGUGUAGAGAGAUGUUAAAAGCAGCACUAGAGUUGGAUGGAGAUUAUAUUGCGAUAGGAUCGGAUUGUGAGAUGUUGGCUGCUCAGAUCGAGGAAAUAAUAUUUGAUGGUGUGCAAAACACUGACAUGAAGUACAAGAAUCGCAUCCGGAGCCGUAUUGCCAAUCUAAAGGAUUCGAAGAAUCCAGAUCUAAGGAAGAACGUGCUAUGUGGAGCAAUUACUCCAGAGCAAAUUGCAGUGAUGAGCUGCGAGGAAAUGGCCAGUAAUGAGCUGAAAGAGAUGAGGAAAGCCAUGACAAAGGCUGCGAUACAAGAACAUCAAAUGGCAAAGACAGGGGGGACUCCAACAGACCUAUUCUCCUGUGGCAAAUGCAAGAAGAAGAACUGCACUUACACACAGGUGCAGACUCGUAGUGCUGAUGAGCCAAUGACCACAUUUGUUUUGUGCAAUGAAUGUGGCAAUCGCUGGAAGUUUUGUUAAUGGCCCCAGCUGUGUGAGAAAGCUCCAUGCCCUAUAAACUGCAUGACAAGAUGCCAAGAGAAGCGCCUGCUCAUUCCUUCGAUUUUCCCACCCAUGAACAGGGAUGUGAUUAUCAUUUUUUGUGCAGUUUGCUCACAUUUUUUGUUAUACUUUUUUUUUCCGGUAAAUUUAAGAAGCAGGUGACGUGUUGCAGCAGGAUGUUGCUGGUCUGUAAAACACAAGUACACUAUAAAUGAAAACUGCUCUGUGUUAAUCACUGCCUCCCACCGGAGUUAUUGUAGCAGGACAGAGACCAUGCUUUGCGUUUAUUGCAGUAGUUCUGAUUUGUAUUUAUUAGUGAUAACAGACGAGAGAGAAACUUGGCAGCCAUGUUUUUAUCACAGCUAUAUACAGUUGUGUCAGUCAGAAGUGCAUUAUAAAUCUCCAAUCUCCAAACUAAUGACAGUGCGUAGCUGUGCAUGUUGCCAAGAUUCACCACUAAAUGGCAGGAGAACCAGUAAAGCUCUGCCCUUCUCCUAACCGUUCAGUUUGAUUUACCAGAAGAGACAAAUUUCUGGAGUCCAUAUAUCAGGAUGAAUAUUUCAUUUUGCCAUCAGAAUGCUGCUUUUCAUGGCCGCCCAUCAGGGGUCAUAAGCAGAUGUUUCUACAGCUGGAUUUCAAUGUAGACUGCUCAGUUAAUUCAGCCAGAUCAGAUGCAGUUGUAAUCCAGUAGUUCAUCUGAGUGAGUGCACUCUAGAAUGUCUGGACGAUUUCGUAUAGAGCGAUCAUAUUUAUUUGACUGUGUGACAUGGUUUAAGAUUGUUUGUUUGUUUUAAAGCACACAUAAACCCAAAAUAUACGUUGUCAUAUUAAAAAGAAAGAAAAAAUAAAUAAAAUAAAGCUUGUAAUUACAGUCACAGUUAUAUAUGCAACAUAUCCAGAUAAAGUUGCAAUUUAAAUACUUUUCGUGUCAUUGGUGCACCGAGCAGUCAGCUCCCUCCCUCCUUUAGCCACCUGUUUGUGAAAAAAUAGCCAAUAGCUAGGAACAUCUCAUCGCAACAACUGAAGACCAAAUGUAUCAUGUGGACCCUAAACCCCUUCCUUAACUAGUAGAACCUCUUUUCAGAAAAUAAUUACCCUUCUGCAAAUGCAAUAAAUAAUUUUCAUGUCGACCUGGGGUAUUUUUGUUUAAAGAUGAGCAUUUCUCUAUGUUUGGCUACAGAAAGCUUACUGCAGAGAUAUGAUCAGACAAAAAGAAGAUAAUGCAGGGUGCAUGACCUUAAUUACAGUUUUACAAAAAAAAAAAAAAUUGCCAAAAAUGUAAACAUGCUUUUUGGAGUAUGCCUGGUGUCAGAGACAAGUUGCAGCUUCCCUGGCAGCGGUAUAGUUCAUUGUUUUCAGUACAACGGUCCUAAAAGAGACAGCAUUGUCCACUGCAUGAGGUUCCAAUACUCUUGUUUAUCCUGAAAUAUGACCGUUUGGCAGGGGUUCCCCUAGAUGCAGAGUAAUACCCCUUUCAGACAUAAACCUGGGACCCUGAACAUGGGUUGAAGCCAGGUUUUCAGUACUUACCCCCUCUCACACCUGGAUGAUGGACCCGGGUUAUUCCUGGGUCGUCUUCGUUCACACCAAACCCUGGUCUUCCAGUGACCCAGGUCUUCCGUCUAACAGUGGGCGCUUGGGGAUGAUGUCAUCUCCAAGUGCUACUGUGCCUGCCAAUCAACUUCUUUUAGACAUGAUCCGUAUCAUGCCUUUCAGAUCGCAGGCUACCUGGGUUGGUCCUGGCAAUAACCCUGGUACCAAGCAUGGUCGCGGACCUGGAAUGGUUCUGGUCAGGCAUAGCCGAGAACUGGGUCGAGCCUCAAGCCCCGGCAAUAUCCUGGGUAGAAAAGGCUACGUCUGAAAGGGGUAUUACAGUACCUCGCUUCCUACAGGUUAUAUAUGUGGUACAACUGUCUUUAAACUACAUUAGCGUGUUUCAUACAUCAAAGGAUUUGUUUAUAUUGCUGCUAUAUUAAAAAAAAUAAACACACAGUAAA